GCCUACGACAGUCGUAAGCUAAGUUCGGACUAAAUCAAUGACUACACAUUACACAAAAGUUGGUGUAGAGUGUACAUGGAAUUUCGCAAUGACGCUGUACUUUGCACACUUUUUGUUUCAAGUGUAAGUUGUCACUAAGUUUCUUUGAAAUGCUGUACACGUUAAACAACAUUAGUGUAAAUCUACGGCCGCUAUCUGCCAUCGUAGUUAUCAAAUGAUACAGAGUUUAUGAUUAUCGGCUUCUAACAGUAUUUCCAGUACUUUGAUUCCUUUUCACAAUUCACAAUACGUUUACCAGUACUCCCAGUACUUUGAUGCUUAGUUUGGACUAGCCGCGACCUCUUUGCGAUGGUUACUUUGAAGAGAAAAAUAAGAAUAAGGAACAUAAAUUAGUUCUUAAAUGAAUGGUCAAGAAGGAAAUACAUAGUAUUACAAAUUUUCUACUUUCGGUUUGAUCCUUUUACAUGUGUAAUUUAUUAUCGUUAAUUUUAGUAACACGAUGUUCCAAGGACGACAUAUGUGAAAUGUAUCGCAGUUUUAGUUUUCUCUAUGAUUAAUUAUGUAGAGAUUUGUGGUAAAGGACUGUUAAUUGGAGCAAAGAUGAGUAAUCAAUGAGGAGGGACAUUUUCCAUUCAGUAGUCAAUAAUGGAGGAGGAAGAAUAUUUGAGGAAGAAGAAAAGAUAAUGAAGAUAUAGUGUAAAAUUUUCUUAUUUUAACAAUGGCAUCAAACAUUCUGGCAGGUGAUCAACUGAACUUCACUCGUAUGGGAAUAGCAAGUGUGGAUGAAAUAAAGGUAGUUUUAGCGGACAUUUUAAGAUGUGAGAUUAAACCUCAAGAUUUGCCCAAAUCCAUAUCCUCGUGCUCAGAAUUGACGUCCGGGAGACAUAAACUGAGGCCAGACCAACAGAAACUUUGUUGUCCCUCCCCUCCUGGUGUACCUGACUACAACAAGUUUGAUGUUUCUUUGUUAUACACACUCAUACGAAACCUGUGUCCACAAUUUAAGCCAACCCAGGGUUGGGGUAAAACACCUUCUACAAAGGAUUUGCAAGUUGGAGAUGACAUUGAACGCCUCAGAGUUUUCAGAAACGAGAUGUUUGCACACUUGGAAUCUUCCUGCGUUGAAGACAUUGUGUUUACUUCGCAAUGGCAGAACUUAGAACAGAUAUUCCAGAGGAUGCAGACUUUUCUUAACCAGAAAGGACUCUCAGUUAAUUACAAGAAAAAUCUGAAAAGCAUUGCAAAGGCUGAUUUCGGUUUGACUGAUAUGGAGAAAUACAAGCUUUUGCUCGAAGGAACGAUGUACAUGUUAAAGAAACAUCCCAUUAAUGAUGACCCAUCAAUUUCGAUACGUGGAAAAGCUGAGGUUCUCUGCGGUGAAAAUACCUUUUUUGAAGCUGAAUUGGACAAUUGUCCACCAUCAAGUAACUGGCCAAUCACAUGGGAGAAAUUCCAAGGCAAUGUAACAGAACAACUGGACAUAAGUAAAGAAAAAUAUAGAGGCAGUUCCAGUAGAUUUUUGGUAUUACCACGCGUGUUAAUGGAAGACAAAGGUGAAUACAGAGCUGUUAUUUCACGGAAACAUGUAAAAGUACAGAGCAACGCCAUAUUAUUGACCGUUAGAGGAGAGCUACCACGUCUUCAGAAAUUAAAAGUUACCUCAGAAAGAGACGAUAUAAAUAUUCUGUACAAGUAUGAAAUUUCACAGGACAUUCCAAAAGUACAUCAUAUUGCUUGGACUAAAAAUGACAAGGUUUUAAAAAUAGACAACAUGAAGUAUAUUGGUGGGGAUUUAAAAGACAACUUACUUAAAAUAACAUCUCCGUCCGUUGAAGAUAGAGGAAGGUAUACAUGUACCAUCACUAACGCAGUUGGUUCUGUGUCUGAGUCACUGAUCCUAGAUCCUCCAAACAUAUCAAAUGACCAUUUAACUAGGAUUAACAGUCGGUCUGUGAUAUUGACGUGCGAGAUCUUCCCUUAUGACCAGUCUCCUCCUCUUACUAAAUUACAAUGGCAGAAAGAUGGUCAGGUGAUAGACAUACCUGGAAGUGGAGGAAAGUAUACCGGAGGAACACUUGAUGAACCAUCAUUAACCAUUACAAACGUCAAUCAAUCAGAUGCUGGGACCUAUCAGUGUAAAGCCUCCAAUGCAGUUGGGUCGACUUUUGGGGAAGCUAUUUUUCUGGGAUUCCCAGUAUUUCAAGUUCUAGGACCAGAAAAUACAGAGAGUGGAAUUUGUGUUUUCACAAUGAAUUCAAGUUCCUGUCCAGCAGUUUUUUCAGUUCAGUGGAGUAAGAAAAAUAAAGACAAUGAUGAGUAUACCCCCAUCGAUGUCAAUGACAAGGAAUACUUAGGGACUUCCAAUUCCCUCCCAAACCCAAAGCUAGUCAUCAAGCAAGCUCCUCUACACAAACACAGCUUCAAAGUAGAGGCGCAAAAUUUCAUUGGGACCAGCACAAAAACAAUACCAGAUGACAGUUCCUUUCCGACCGCAUCAAAAGUUGAUAAUAAAGCAAAUAGAGUUGCAGCCAUCUUCAAGAACAAGGGGACUUCAUUUAAAUUUGACAAACUACGCCUUAAACUCAUUGAGGAAAUUCCUGACACAAAAUUAGACUCAUUGAAAGAGUCCAUAAAAGUCAUCACACAAAAGGAUCUAUCUGUUGAAAAUGUUACAACCGUUGAAGGCUUCUUCACACUUAUUCUAAACGAGGGGAUUUUCAGCCAACAAAAUGUAAUUUUGAUGCAGUAUCUUUUGAAAAGUAUUGGUCGUCCUGAUCUUGAACAAAAAUGUGUGGAGUACGCAAGGAAAACAAAAGCAUCAUGUUUCUUUAAAGAACCAGAACACCCAGAUAUAUUUGGUAAAUGAGGCACCAGCAUAAUUUCAACUGACCAAUCAGCUGAAUGGGUAUUGCACUAUGGGUUACUAUGAAUACUACAGGAAUCUUACGCUUGAGAAAAGGAAUACGGUAUCUUAUG